GUGGUGACGUCAGACGCAGCGCUGUGAAGCUGACAGGCGGCCAUCUUGGUGUGUCUUGGUGCCUUUGACAGCCCCUUAUAAUAUCGCCGCUAAUGUGGAGUUCCCGGCUGUCCGGGCUCGGUAUCCCCCGGCACCUCCUCGCCCCCCGCCUGGGCCUGUUAUCCGGUGCCGGUAGAGCGGCGGAAGCUCCGGGGCGGCGGACAGCGGCUACAAGCCAUGGGGACGGCAGGGGGCGCGCGAGGUCCUUCGCUCUGUCAGAUCCUCAAAUGGCCAGCAGAGGGCGCGCUGGGUAUUACACUCUGUCAGCGUGCAGGAUAGAGAGCAGGCGGCAAUUCCGCUUCUCUGACAGCAGAGGGCGCUCCAGUCUCAUCAUUCCAGAGGGCAGUCUGCAGCUCCUGGAACACACCAGCGGGGGGCGCCAGAGAGACAAUGGACAGAAUAAUGGGAACCCCGAGCCAGCACCCCUACUCAUCGCUGCCGCCCUGCUGGCGUAUUGCUCCAGCGAAGGAAAUCCACGGAAGGGUGAGCAGCUGUUGGAAGCGGCGCGGACCAGCAACUUCCAGGAGGUGGACAGGUUACUGCGGGAGAAGGUGGACCCCAACACUCGGCACAAGCUGGGCUGGACCCCCCUCAUGGUGGCGGCGAUGUCAAGAAAUCAGAGCAUCGUCAAGUCCUUGCUGCAAGCCGGCGCCGACCCGAACCUCGGAGAUGAGUUUUCCAGCAUGUAUGAGACGGCCAAGGAGAAGAGCAUGCACUCACUGGAAGGUACGGAGUCCUCUUCAUUCAUAUCUGUUGUGUAACCCGG